CCUGGCCAAUGUCUGGACUGUUCACUCCACGCCUGAAUAAUCGACUGGAGAGGUUAUAACUCACCUUAAGGGACUGUUUGACUCUUAAUAAGCGCCGUGAAGCAUUCCUGCGUCAUUUUUGUCGUAUUUUGGAUACUCCUAGAGGACAGAAUAUACCUGUGCCUUUACCUGAGCAACUGGGGUUUUUGUGGUGAGAUUGGGCCUUUGUCGACGAAACAUGACACGUGUGUUGGUGUAUGUCAGUGUGCUAUUAGCCGUAAUGGCUGCAACGGAAGCAAGGCCUAAAUCAGGUGAACCGAAGUGUAAAUCAGGCCCGGUUGACCUAGUGUUCAUCAUCGACGGCUCCCGCAGCGUUCGUCCGCACGAGUUCGAGACGAUGCGCAAGUUCAUGAUUGACAUCAUCCACGAGCUUGACAUCGGUUUAGCGGCGACUCGAAUCGGUGUGGUCCAAUACUCCAGCCAAGUCCAGAACGUGUUUUCCCUGAAAGCUUUCAGCAAGACAGAGCAGAUGGUCAAAGCCAUCAACGAGAUCAUUCCUCUGGCGCAGGGCACAAUGACCGGCCUGGCCAUCCGCUACGCCAUGAAUGUAGCUUUUUCGGCUGAAGAAGGAGCCCGUCCCAAUGUUCCCCAUGUUGCUGUGAUCGUGACAGACGGUCGGCCUCAGGACCGUGUGGCUGAAGUGGCAGCUGCCGCAAGAGAGUCUGGGAUUGAGAUCUACGCUGUUGGUGUGGCCAGAGCUGAUAUGACCUCACUCAGAGCAAUGGCGUCUCCUCCGUUUGAGGAUCACGUGUUUUUGGUGGAGAGUUUUGACCUUAUUCACCAGUUUGGGCUUCAGUUCCAAGACAAACUCUGCGGGAUGGACUUGUGCCUGGAGUCCGAUCACGGCUGUGAGCACAUCUGUGAGAGCUCGCCCGGUUCCUACCAGUGUCUGUGUCUGCCUGGUUACACACUCAACGAAGACGGCAAGACCUGCACACCCAUUGAUCUGUGUGCUGAAGGGAAACAUGACUGUGAGCAGAUCUGCAUUGCCUCGCCGGGGUCUUUCACCUGCGACUGUAACACGGGCUACACACUCAACGACGACAAGAAGACCUGCAAAAUGAUCGACUACUGCUCAUUUGGGAAUGAUAGCUGCGAGCACAAGUGUGUGAGUGUGUUAAACGGCUUUAACUGUCGCUGUGAUGAAGGAUACUCGCUCAAUGAUGACCUGAAAACCUGCACAAUGAUCGACUACUGUUCAUUUGGGAAUGAUAGCUGCGAGCACGAGUGUGUGAGUGUGCUUCAGAGCUUUUACUGCCAAUGCCGUGACGGAUACACACUCAACGAGGAUGAAACAACAUGCACAAUGAUCGACUACUGUUCAUUUGGGAAUGAUAGCUGCGAGCACGAGUGUGUGAGUGUGCUUAACGGCUUUCACUGUCGCUGUAAUGAAGGAUACUCGCUCAAUGACGACCUCAAGACCUGUACAAUGAUUGACUACUGCUCGUUUGGGAAUGAUAGCUGCGAGCAUGAGUGUGUGAGCGUCCUGAAGGGCUUUCACUGCCGCUGUAAUGAUGGAUACACUCUCAAUGAUGACAAGAAGACCUGUACAAUGAUCGACUACUGCUCGUUUGGGAAUGAUAGCUGCGAGCAUGAGUGUGUGAGUGUGCUCAAAGGCUUUCAUUGCAUUUGUAACGAGGGAUACUCACUCAACGAUGACAAGAAGACCUGUACAAUGAUCGACUACUGCUCGUUUGGGAACGAUAGCUGCGAGCAUGAGUGUGUCAGUGUGCUCAAAGGCUUUCACUGCAUUUGUAAGGAUGGAUACUCACUCAACGAUGACAAGAAGACCUGUACAAUGAUCGACUACUGUUCAUUUGGGAAUGAUAGCUGCGAGCACCAGUGUGUUAGUGUGCUCAAAGGCUUUAACUGCCGCUGUAAUGAAGGAUACUCACUCAAUGGCGACCUCAAGACCUGCAAAAUGAUUGACUACUGUUCAUUUGGGAAUGAUAGCUGUGAGCAUGAGUGUGUGAGUGUCCUCAACGGUUUUCACUGCCGUUGUAAGGACGGAUACACCCUCAAUGAGGACAAGAAGACCUGUACAAUGAUCGAUUACUGCUCCUUUGGGAAUCACAGUUGUGAUCAUCACUGUGUUAGUGUGCUCAAUGGCUUCUUCUGUCGCUGCAAUGAAGGAUACACUCUUCAGGAGGAUGGAAAGACCUGCCAGUCGGAUAACUUAUGCAACACAGUUGAGCAUGGUUGCGAGUACCAGUGUGUGAGUACUCCAGGAUCCUACCACUGCAUCUGUCCUGAGGGUCACGUGCUGCAGGAUGACGGCAAGAGCUGUGGAACCUGUCGAACCUCCAACAUCGACCUGGUCCUGCUCAUCGACGGCUCCAAGAGCGUCCGGCCGCAGAAUUUCGAGCUGGUCAAGCAGUUUGUGAACCAGGUGGUGGAUCAGCUGGACGUCUCUGCUAAAGGCACGCGUGUGGGACUCGUCCAGUACUCCAGCCGCGUGCGCACCGAGUUCCCGCUCAGCAUGUACCACAGCAAAGACGAGAUCAAGAAGGCCGUGAUGAAUGUGGAGUACAUGGAGAAGGGCACCAUGACGGGUCUAGCCCUCAAACACAUGGUGGAGAACAGCUUCUCUGAGGCCGAAGGAGCCCGUCCCGCUGAGAAAAACAUCCCGCGCGUCGGCCUGGUGUUCACUGAUGGACGCUCACAGGAUGAUAUUCAGGACUGGGCCAAGAAAGCCAAGGAAGCAGGAAUCACCAUGUAUGCAGUUGGAGUGGGUAAAGCCGUAGAGGAUGAGCUGAGAGAGAUUGCAUCUGAUCCUGUUGAGAAACACUUCUUCUACACUGCAGACUUCACUGCUAUCAGCCAGAUCGCAGAAAACCUCAAACUCAACGUCUGCGCAGCGGAGAGUAAAGGAGACAUCGAAGUGAAAGAUCCCUGUGCCUGUGAGAGUCUGGUGGCGUUUCAGCAGGUCACGAUGUCCAUCGUUGAGCAGCUCAACCAGAAACUGUCAGCCAUGACCAAGCGAUUGGAAGUUCUGGAGAAGCAGUUGCUCUGAAGACAAUGAGUGAAAAAUCCUGAAACGCAGCAGCAGAGGAGGAGGACGGGGCCCAUCGGGUGUGAAGGGGCCCUCAGUACAGACAUCUACAGGUCGAACGUCUGAGGCACGAGGCCUAAUAUUCCACUGCCAUUUCUGGACAUGGCUCAUAUUGUUCCCUGUUUAUACAUGAUCUGUAUUGUACGGUUUCUAGAGAGUUAUGUAUUUAUGACAAAUUUGAUACUAGCAUUUAUACACUAAAAAGGGAAAUGAAGUGGUACCACUCUGAAAUAUUGUUUGCAUCGAUUGGUUUUUGUUUUGGCACCAAAUGUGAAACUAUAGAAACGUACGUCUAUGCACAAAUAUAUUACAAAAACAGAUACACAUUAUACUGUUGUACAGUGGUAAAAUCAUUAGUUUACAAAAUACUAAAACUGAAAGAGAUAAAUUAGUGUCAGCAUGAACAUUUUUUAAUAUUUGUAUUUCUUGUACUGGACUGCAAAUUUUUAAUAUUUGACCCAAGAAUGGCCUGAAUGAUUUGUUAACACUAAAAAGGAGAUUUGAUUUGUGUGAACACAGGGUAAAGUGUACAAGUGCCCCUUAAGAUUGCAGUUUUUUUAUUGUUGAUAUUAUUAAGAGUAAUUUACAGAAUCCAAGUAAGAUACCUCAGAGUUUUCUGGCCUCAGGUUUUUGUUUUAUAGACGUUUGCAAAAAAACAAUGGCCCUAUUAUAAGGCUUUGACAGUAUAUGUGAAUUCUUGUACUUUUUGGAUAUUUCCUAAUAACACUCUUUUUAAAAACUUUUAAA